AUGGUGAACAUUUUUUUGGGAUUUAGGGUUAACAUAGCGAUUCUUGAAAUCCCAUGGCUUGAGUCUUCUUCUUCUCUCAAACCAAAUCGGCGCCGAACAUAUUCGAUUCACCACCUCUUCUCAAGGACUCCGUCGUCAAAUAUUGUGCCGCUGGUUCAGAAUUGUAGUUUAGCUAAUAAGUCUCAGUUUAUGAAGGCUUGUAAAAAUGAUGAACUGCUUCAGCAUAGCCCUAAGUAUAUGAUUAGGUUGCAAAAUGGUCUGAUUUAUGUUUAUGGUUUAUUUGAUUAUGUGCAGGGCUUGAAGAUGGCAAUUAUGUUUUCUUUACUUGAAGCAUCAAUUCCUAUUACACCCGAGGAAGAGCAUUAUCCAGUGUUAUCCGUCUCAGUAUCUAGGAAUCUGAUACAAGUGCCAUAUUUGACUUUGAAGAGGAACAACUAUCAUUUACUACCAAUGCCUAAUUUUUUUUUGUAUGUUAUCUUUGGUGUAAUAUAA